CCGCCUACUGGAAACAAGCAACCGUUCUGAUUGGCUGUUGUGCAUGUCAAUCACCAGGGCAUUUCUAGCGUCUGGUUUCCUGUGUUACCGCCCUUGAGCUGAGACACUGAAGACGGGUGCCGGAGUUUUUUUGCUUUCCGACCAGUAAUAGGCAUCUAAUCAAACUGGACUGCAGUCUCUCUCUGACGGACAGUGUGAAUCAUGGCUCUUCCAUUUAAGAAAGAUCUGGAGAAGUAUAAGGAGAUCGAUGAGGAUGAGAUUCUGAACAAGCUGUCAGAGGAGGAACUCAAGCAACUGGAGAGUGCUCUAGAGGAGAUCGACCCCGAGAAUGCUUUGCUGCCAGCCGGCCUCAGGCAGAAGGACCAGACCGCAAAAGCAGCCACCGGUCCUUUUAACCGCGAUAACCUGCUACAGUAUCUGGAGAAAGAGGCUAUGGACUAUAAAGACCGAGAUGAUUACGUCCCCUUCACAGCAGAGAAGAAAGGAAAGGUAUGGAUUCCCAAAAAGAAACCAAUCGAGAUCCAUCAGGAGGAAGCCACGACCCUUGACCCGGAAUUGGAAGAGGCACUUUCUAGCGCUACUGACACAGAACUGCAUGACCUGGCAGCUAUUCUUGGAGUGAACACACUGGUGACGAGCACGCGGAGUUAUGAUGGCACCUGUACAGACGGUUAUAACAAUGUUGUUAAGGGAGAAAAGGUAAAGCCAGUUUUUGAUGAGCCACCAAACCCUACAAACGUGGAGGAAACUCUGCAGCGGAUAAAUUCCAAUGAUUCCUCACUGACCGAAGUCAAUCUCAACAACAUAAAGAACAUUCCAAUCCCGACUCUAAAGGACUUUGCAAAAGCCAUGGAGAGGAACACUCAUGUGAAGAAGUUCAGUCUGGCUGCCACCAGAAGCAAUGACCCUGUUGCCAUGGCCUUCUCAGACAUGCUACGAGAGAAUAAGACGCUAAAAAGUUUGAAUCUGGAGUCUAAUUUUAUCACGGGCACAGGAGUUCAGGCUCUGGUAGAAGCUCUGCGGGACAAUGACACGCUAGCAGAGAUCAAGAUUGACAACCAGCGGCAGCAGCUCGGUACGUCGACAGAGAUGGAGAUCGCCAAGAUGCUGGAGCAGAAUACAAGCAUUGUGAAGUUUGGGUACCAGUUCACCCAUAAGGGUCCCAGAUCCCGCGCUGCUGCUGCAAUCACAAAGAACAAUGACCUGGUGCGGCGGAGGCGAGUAGAGAGGGAUAUGUAGAACAUAUUCUCCUCUCUUUCUCUCUCUGUAUCUCUCUCUCUCUCUCUCUCUCUCUCUCUCUCACACACACACACAAGCUCAUCAGACUCUUGUGCCAAACCCUCUGAGGGAGCCACUUCACCUAAAGAAGGGACACAACUGGAUACUUUGCCUCCCUAAUGUUAAUACUCAAUGAUAUUUUUGUUAUGUUGUAGUAUUAUUAUUAUUAUUAUUGUUAAUUGUUGUUUGUUUUAUAGCUGAAACUCUUCUGCAGCCAUUUUUUUGCUUGUGUAAAACCUUUUUCUGCUCUUUUCUUUAUAAAAGUUCUUUGAAACGAAACUGAACCGGUUGCAACGGUUACACACAUUCACUCAAGCACUAUAGUGAUCUCUACAUGGAUGGGCUGGAUCAGAACCUGUCGCCCACAUUCACUCUGAACAAAUCUAGACUCAACUGGACUGGAUCUGCUGUGUUCCCCGCUUAAUGUGAGCUAAAUCUAGAUUUGUUGAGUCUGGGUUUGGAGCACAGGUUUCAGCAGAGCAGUGUUAGCCAAUAAGAGCCACGCUGUUUGUAACAGUCACUCCUUAAUAAAAGUCAUCUAUGCUCUCGCUGUUAGCUUCACUGUGAAUGUGUGAGAAGAUUGUGUGGCUGUAGUUUUAUCAGCAUGGGUUGUGUGUGGAUGUCUUUGGGCAGCUGGGUUGUCUCAAAAACUCUCAGCUUCCACACUGCACCUCGGUUUUGCUGCUGCAGAUUGAGACGAUUCUUAUUGUAAAAUUCACUUCUAGUCCCAAAACACACUGGCUGAUACUGUGUUUCUGAGGAAUUACAGUGCUAAUUUAAGAUUAGCGCCCCAUUUUCAUCAAAUGUCUUUGGAAAUGGAAAAAUUUGUACUAAAUCAGCACUAAUGACACCUUGGGUGUGUAAAUGAAGGUCAAAGAUUGACAGGUUUCACUUUAGAGGUAUCUUUCAAACAAUCGAUGCACUAAGGGAUAAUUUCUUUUUUUCUUUUUUUUUUUCAACACAGGCAGUGAGCAAUUAUGUAAUUUAGUUGUCAGUUAUAGAUUUAGAUGAGAGUACCUUUCCUGUAGAUAAAUCUGAAAUGGCUUUUCUAAUACCAUGCCAAAGACUAACACCUAAAUACUCUCAUUUUCAGGACUAACUGAGAUCAGACAGGAAAUAGGUUUGGAUUUCAUUUUUUUUGAGUUUAUUAAAGGUAUAAUUUAUCCUAAAAGAACAUGCAAAAUUUCUUGCCCUAAAUUGUUCCAAACUUGUAUGCUGUUAUUUUUUGUAUAGAACGCAAAAGGUUAAUUUUUAAAUAAUUUUUGCGUAGUUUAUGGUAACCACGGCUGGCAAACAUCUUAUGGGUUAUGAAGACAAUACGAUAGUUUUUUAGGGGGUUAGGACAAAAUUGAAAUCAUUCACUGUAAUUGGUUCACCAACAACCAAUCGCCAAAUGGCUUGGAAUGUAACGUAUAAAUUUAGUUCGAAAAUAGCUCCAUAAAGAUUCCCAUUCAAAAAAAUAAAUAACCAGAUAUGGGUUUGGUACAACAUGAGGGUGAGUAAAUGGCAAAAUGUUCAAGUUGUGGUGGAUUAUUCGUUUAGUUUAUCUAGAAGAAAUAUUUUUGAAGCACAUGGUCUGUGCUAAAGAGGAAAUUAGGGAACUAGUUGAAUGAGAGCGAGAAGGAUGAGUAAAGUUUAAUCUUAAAUAGCAACCGAUCCUGUGAGCAUUUAGAGGUCCUGGUGCAGCCAGAGCCUGAACAUACAUGCACGUUUGUAAUCGCAUGCAUGUUUGCAAUGUAAAGCUUUAUCUUUUCACUAAAGCGAUCUAACAUGCUUAAAUAACACCAGUGUAAAAUACUGAAUUAACCUUUAUACCGCUUGCCAUUUUCUGUGAGCUUGUACAUCCUGUGAGGUUCAUUGAUUGUGAUAUAUAAUGUAGAGCACAGAGGCUUUGGCAUGUUUUUGAGGAAGGUGGUGAAGCAACCAAAUGGCAGCUCGGGUGAAGCAGUCUGAGCAUGCUGGGUAUGGAUUAUAUAGCUGGAUUACACAGGGGAACAUGUUGUCCACCUGCUUUAAAUGCAAAAGCUAGGACCAAGUUUGAAGUUUUCCUUUUCUCACCUUGUCAUUUUGUACUGUUCUGUUCUGUUUUGUAAGAGACUUGUGUAUCAAUUGACUUUGAGUUUGUGUUUGUCUUUCAUUGUUCUUUGUGAACAAUGCUGAAUUGUGUGUAUGAAAUAUUUUUCAGGUUAUGGUUCAUGUUUCAUUCCAUCUUUGUUUGAUUAUCGGUUAAAGGUUCAUGUUUUGCUGAAAGCGCGUGCUUUUAAGAAAGAGCUCUGCAAUCUGACCACGAGUUCAUUUGAAAUAUCCAUCUCAAAUCCUCUUCAGAAGAUUCCACACAGAUAUAGUUAUAAAUAUCAUGUACCAUAAACUCCUCUUAUAUUGCCGCAAUUUUGUAUGUUGAUACUACAUGUCUGGAUUCCAGAAGAGGAAAUCUUACUAUGUACUGUUAAUAACACAACUCUGUAAAGUAUCAGAUGUCCUCAAUAAAAUGUAUGUUUUUA